CACAUUGUCAAAACAUGCAAAAAUACACCAAGGCAAAGUCAUAGUUUCUAUUCUUCUUGUUCUCCAUACUGUAAGCAGCACAGGGAAACAGGUUUUCAAGGAGAAGAUUUACAGCAUUGAGGAAGCCAUCUCUCUAAGACCCUUGAACAGCACCUGUGAUCAUACUUCAGACUGCGUCAUUUACCCAGCAAUUUCUUCAUGGGAAGACAAUUUCUCUAUUCAUUUUUUAAAUGAGGGAGUGAAGUGCCCAGACUUGGAUGGCCCAGGGUCUUAAAGUGAAUCUGCAGCAGAGAACUGCUCCGAGCUCUCCAUCACCUCAUCAAGUACGGUAAUGACCGAACUCUCAAAAGCAGUUUGGCAUGAAUGAGACAGCCAUUGCAAAUUUUACCUGUGUCAUUUUUAAUGUUUCCUUCAUGAACUGCACCUGGCAUGUGGGCAGGACUGCUACAGAAGAUACCCAAUAUUUCCUGUACUGGAGGCCCUUGAGGAAUGAAGAUGUCACAGAAUGCCAAAAUUACAUCAAAGAUACCUGUGGAAGGCACAUAGGAUGCCGAUUUCAAAGUGUGACAAUAGCAAAUAACUAUGCUUAUUUCCUGGUAAAUGGGUCCAGAGGUGGACAAAGCAUUCAGUCAUAUGAGAAGAAGAUAAUGCUAUACCAAAUUGAAAAGCUCACCCCUCCAUUAAAUGUCACAGUGGACUGUACAGAAGCUUCUCAUAGAUGUAGCAUUUGGUGGCAACCACCUCGCACAAGUCAUGUGAAAAAAAAGAGUUGUUUCAAAUAUGAAAUUGUCAUAGAAAACAAGGCUGAUGCUGAGAAAAACACCAAAACUGCAUCUAAAACAGCAGCAAUCAUUGAAGAUAACUCCUACCUCUAUGAAAGCUUCAGCUCAGAAAAAAUGUACAGCGCCAAAAUCAGAGCAACAGAUGCAGGCUUUUGUUUAGUCAGCUCAAACUGGGGAGAGUGGAGUACACCUGUGGAGUUUGGAGCACAGCAACUUACAUCUACUUCAUCAUAUAUGCUGGUUCUGAUACCAAGCCUGGCAGCUGGACUGGCAAUUCUCCUUUGCAUGACAGUAAGGGCUUAUUUCAAAAAAACAUCUGCUACAGUACCACGGCCAAGAGACCCAUUCCGUCAGCCCUCUCCAAUGGACUUCCAGAUAGAAUAUAUGAAUCUAUUAAAAAAACAAGAAACUGAAGAAAUAACAGAUAUUGAAGAAGUGACGGAAUGCAAGUGAAAUGAGCAACUUGUUUUUUUCUAGCAUAUAGACCUUAUUGGCAAGAAUUAAGAGGAUUUUCAUAUUCUCUCACUCCUGGAAACAGGGAGAAGAGUGUCAGCUGUAAAGACAACUCCCCAAGAUCUUAUCUCUAAAAGCCUUCUUGUGUUUGGUUACAUUUUCUAUGAACAGUAAAGUUUGGACUAUUUCUGGUUUUUAUUAUGAUGAACACUGCAGUAUUUCAGAAAAAAAAAAAAACAAAACAGUAUUGCUUUGGAAGCUAUUUUACUGUUUUUCAACAACAUGCAAAAAAUAUAUAUAAGAACAAACAAAUUUAAGGGGUUUAUUCAGGAUCUCCAUUGGUUCAGUUUCUCAAAAAAGGUACAGCCAUACUGAGAUUGUUAUCAGGAAUGGAAUUUGACAUCUGUAUGAAAGCUCACUGCAUGAAGCCAUAUCAAACCUCUUAAGAAAGAUUACUUGUUCAUACAAAGUGAGUACUCUUAAAGAGCUCUGGAUGCAAUCUUCCCUUAAGUCUAUUUGUUGCUUCCUGUUUUUCAUCCCUUCCUGUCUGUGUUAGAUGAAAAAAUUACUUAAUAUAUGAUUGCUAUCAGGUAGCAGAUGUACAUAUGUAUAUGUACUGAGUGGGAAAUGUUGGAAAUUGAGCAUUUGAACUCUCCAGCAGAAGCCUGCCACUCGCUAAUUUUAAAUGGUACAGGCCAGUUGUGUGUUUUUAUACCACCUGGAUGAAACAGAAGCAUAACAGCCUGAAUCCUCCAACUAAUAAGGAGAUAUGAGAGAAAAUCCUCAAUUUUCAGGAAAUUGAAUAUGAGUCAAUCCUGCCCUGGCAGCCAGGAGGGCGAACCUUGUCCUGGGCUACAUCAGACAUGGCAUCUCCAGCCAGGCAAGGGAGGGAAUUGUCCUGCUCUGCUCUCCUCUGCGCCAGGGUGGCCUCACCUUGAGUGCUGGGGACAGUUUUGGGUGCCACAAUAUAAUAAAGAUAUAAAGCCAUUAGAGCGAGUCCAAAGAAGGGCUACAAAGAUGGUGAAAGACCUUAAGGAGAAGCUGAGGCCAUUUGGUCUGCUCAGCCUGGGGGAGACUGGGGGGAGACCUCAUUGUAGUUACAAUUUCCUUGUGAGGGAAAGCAGAAGGGCAGGCACUGAUCUCUUCUCUCUGGUGAACAGUGACAGGACCCAGGGAAUGGUCUGAAGCUGUACCAGGAGAGGCUUAUGUUGGGUAUCAGGAAAAUGUUUCUCUCCCAGAAGGUGUUUGGGCACUGGAACAGCUCCCCAGGGCAGUGGUCACAGCACCAGCCUGACAGAGUUCAAGAAGCAUUUGGACAACACUCAGGCACAUGGUGUGACCCUUGGGGCUGUCCUGAGCAGGGCCAAGAGUUGAACCCAAUUACUUUUGUGGGUCAUUUCCAGCUCAGUGUAUUCUAUAAUUCCAUCGAGUCUCAAGAUGGUUAAAGUCAUCUCAAGAGGCUGAAAUCCUAUCACGGAAAAUAAAGUCCUCUCAGUGAUAAAAUUCCACUAGACCAGGUUACUGUCAAGAGACCAUCUUUGGAACUAAAUUUUUCUAUAGUUCUGUGUUUCUAAAUGAGCUUUCAAUAAAAGUUUAUUUUUAAUGUCUGUUUAAAACAGAACCAGAAAAAGAUCCUUUUACUUGAGUUAUAAUUGCCAAUAGAUAAAAGCGCCUGCAUUAAAUGGGAAAACUAAAGCCUACACUCGUUGUAAUCUAAGGACAACUAAACAGAUACAGUCUACUGCAUCCUCUCCAUCUUUCUUCACACAGAGUUGAUCAUUGGUGCUUUCACUGCUUUCACUCUGAGACAGAAAAGUCAUUACGAAAACUUGUUCACUACCAGCAAACCAAAAAGAAAACCAUAAGCCAUGGCCAUGAAACAGUGGAGGUGGUAGUAGGUGUGGGACUAAGGUAUUGCUUUCCCAUCCCUGGGCAAAGACCCCAAAAUCAGUGGGAAAGGAUGGUCAGGCUUUAGAAUCUUUUAACUAACUGCGUUGGAUGCUCAAAUAGGAAGAAGUCCUUUAUUCUGGUCUCCUAUGGCUGUUCCUCUGUUCUGUGCUAAAAACUAGAAAGUUCUUGAUGCAAGGAAAAAAUUAAUGGUCUUGUCUACCAUUUGUAUUUUUGUGACAUUUGCAAAAGCUGCAACACGCCAGUACAGCAAAACACCAGACAGACAGCUCUUGUGAACACUCCUGGUUUUGUUGAAGCAAUAAAUUAUUCUUCAAGUUUUUCUGAGUUCUAAGAAA